CUCCAUGCACCACCCCGCCCCCUCUUUUCUGAUCAAUCUCUCUAUAAAUACUCACUCCGAUCUCUCUCUCAUUUCACACAACAUCCCAAUUAUCUUCUCUCUCUAUUAGCUUCUACAGCUAUAGCUAUUUUCUAUAUAAUAUAAUUAAUAUGGCCUUGUCAUCAAGAUUAACCCUGAUGAUGGCUUCCCUUGUUUUCUCUUUUCUGGUUCUCCAAUAUCUCACUGAAGCAGCUCAUCAGUCCCACAUGAUGAACAACAAUGGAGGUCCGAGCCCCCUACCCCCGCCCACCCUAGAUUGCGGAGUGGCAUGUGAAGGAAGGUGCAAAUUAUCAUCAAGGCCUCGUCUGUGCAAAAGGGCUUGUGGGAGUUGCUGUGACAAGUGUAGCUGUGUUCCUCCAGGCACUGCUGGCAACUAUGAGGCUUGUCCUUGCUAUGCUAGCCUCACCACCCGCAAUCAAACCCGAAAAUGCCCUUAAUUAAUAUUUCAAAAAAUCCCAUAUAUAUCUAUAAAUAUGGGUUGUUUUCCACCAGAAUAAAGUUCACACACUUGUUAAUUAUCUCUUUAUUGAGAAAUGAAUUGAAUUGUAAAAUAAAAGCUUUCUUUUUUGUAUUCAUUCUUAUAAUAAAAAGUAUUAUUAUUAUUAUUA